AUGUAUAAUAAGCUGACCACAUCCACAUCCACCCCAUCACCGCCAGUCAAGCGCCUGCCUUUGCCCCAUCCACACCAUCGGGCCCUCAACACCUUCUCACUCCUGCGCCCAGCGCCGCCACCGACCGAGCCGACCCUUCCACUCCGGGCACGGCUUAUCACCAUCCGCGAACUGAGUCCGCAUACUCCGGCACUUAUCACAUGUUGUGGGACGUGGGUGCCGAGAUGGAAGUAUGCGGAUGUGGGGAAAGCGAGGUUGUCGUACGCCCUCGCGUGCGGCAGGCGGAUUGCGCUUUAG